AUGCGUACAGCCGUGGAGUGGAAAUCGUGGGAGGAGCUGCGGACCUUGACGAAAGCCUUCCAGCGAUACCUGGAGGAGAUUCGCGAGACUGACCUCCGAAGAAGGCGAGACAUUGAAGCGAACCUCUCGCGGGUGUCUGCGGCACGAGAUCAACUCGCUAACGUCACUGCCCACAAGACAGAAGCGACCGAGGAGGUGGCCCGGCUUUCUGCAGACAACGUGGAUCUACGGCGACAACUGGAGUUUGAUGCGCGACAGUUCGUGGCUUUGCUCCAGAGCUGCGCACAUUUAGAAAAGCAGCUGGGUGAUUUGAGGAAGGGUAAAGAUCGAGAUCCUGGCAAAGAGCCCACUGCAGAGACCGGCGAAUCGGACGAAGUUGGUCUUCAGAGAGAUGUCAAGUCUGAGAAAGAGGUGCCACUGGGUGCGACACUUCCGGAUCCAGUGCGAAGCGACAGCUCAAGCAAUUCGAGAUCUUUAUGUCGAAGGGCUGCCAGCGCGGCAGGUGUGGAGGCUGCAAGCGAGCACGAAGCGCCUUCCAUGCCACCUUCGAUUAGAUCUGGCAAUUGUGGCACGGCCCAAUCUGCUUCCGGGCUGGAUGCAAGUCCGACAGCGAGCUUACAGACACCGGAUGCAUCUCCAGCCACGGUUGUUGCCCCUGGCGAUGCUCUUCCGGCUGCAUCUCCUUGUUCACGGAGCCAAACGUCGGAAGCUACGUCUCAGACAAAGAAUCAGAGACUUCUUCGGGACUUGCCUUUAGAUGCCCUCGGCAUGCUGCAAAGCCUGGUUGCUGUGAAACAGCAUCUGUUGCAGCUGCAAACCGCGCAAGGAGAGCCUGCUGUCUCCACCAGUGAUGGGACGCCGGCACGGAAAGAUCCCACAAGCCCCGAGCAUGGCCAGGAUGAUGACUCGACGAGCACCGCCAUGGACAGCGGCACAUCGCGUAGCAGCGGUGGCGGCCAAGCUCACAGUGGUUGCGAAGGCCCUCGUGCCAUGCAGCCGGAGGAGCAGAAUCUGGCCAAGGGCAUGCUAUCCGAAGAGUUGCCCGGGUCGCCACGUCCGCGCCUCGCGUCAAGCAUCCUCAGCCUGCAGCUGGGCACUCAAGAGCUUGCGGAUGGUUGGCAGAAGGCCCCGAUGUUGUGGGAACCAGUGGCAAGCGAGCCUAGAACUGCUACGGAGAGCAUCGUGUCUCAGCCACUAGCUUCAUCAAAAGGCAUGCUUUUGACGCCUACGAAGAACAUCCUGACCAGCAGCCUGUCACCAGCUGCUUUACCAGGACGGCAGCCACCCGAUUCAACAAUGAUGUCCCCAGCUUCUCAAGUUACACCGGGUCAUCAGUGCCGAGGCCACGGGCACGCUGGUGGAUCGCCUGCAAGAUCGCCUGUGAGAUCACAAGUCCGGGCAGGCCUGGGCAUGCACAUGUCUAUCAGAAGCGACAACGCGCAAUCGCGUUGCUCGAAAACUCUGAAAGGCAGUAUAGACAUGAGACUCCGCCAACCUGCAACUGUCAAGCAAGUGUGA